GGGCGAGCUCCGAUGUAGCCACAACUUCCUCAGUCCGGAUGAGUCCUUAAAAGUGCUCGGGCACGUUGUGUGUGUGUUUGUGCCUUAAUUUUUUAUCUAAAAGACCUCAGCGCCUCUUGCCCUUAUUUCAAGGGAGAAGGUGUCGUCUCCGCCUCCCGCGCAGGCUGGCUGGGCGCGAUGAAGAGACCCGCGGCCGGGGCGGGCGCCGCGCCAGAGCUGCUCCGGGACUACCUCGCCUUCUACCGCGCCAACGGGGCGGAAGGGAAACUUCUGGUCUGCAACGAGGCGGCCGUGAAGAGCCGCGCGCGGCGCCUGCUGGCCUCGGAGCCCGGCUUGGCGGGGGCUCCGGGGGGCUUCGACGUCGCCGGCCUCGCCCAGAGCUGCCUGGCGGCCAAGGGGGAGACGGGGGGCGUCGUCUUUCGGAAGCUGCUCAAAGCCUUCGAGUUCCUGGAGCUGAUUUGCGUCAACCUCUUCCUCUCCCCGUGGAGGAAAGAGAUCAAGUCGCUCAAGGUAAGCGGGCAGCCGGGUCCCCUUGGAGUAAGCAGCAGGGGCAAGCUAAGGCGGUGCCCUCCAGGGGUUGCUGCCCUAGAGGUCCCAUUGACCCCAGCCAGACAUGGGGUGGGGGGAGUUUGUUUUAUUUUUGCAUUGUUACCCCCACUCUUUCCUCCCAAGGUGGUGUACCUGGUUCUUCCCGCCCUAUUGCAUCCUCACAGCAACCCUGUGAGGUAGGCCGAGGUUGAGAGGCAGUGGCUAGCCCAAUGAUCACUCCAGUAAGCUUUGCAGGAGAGGGGGGAUUUGAACAUGAAAGCAUACAUCUGAAGGCAGCCCUGUUUAGGGAAGUUUUUAAUGACUGAUAUUUUAAUGUAUUUUGAAUCUUUUGUUGGAAGCCGCUCAAAGUGGCUGGGGAAAUCCAGCCAGAUGAGCAGGGUAUAAAGAAUAAAUUAUUAUCAUUAUAUUAUUAUUAAUCAAUGCACAUUUAAAGCACAUGGUUUCCCCCCAAAGAAUCCUGGGGUCUGCAGUUUCCCCCUCACAGAGGUGUCCUUACUAGCAUCCUUGACAAACAACAGUUCCCAGGAUUCUUUGGGGGAAGUCCUGUGCUUUAAAAGUGUGUUGGAUAUGCUUUAAAUGUGGCGUGUGGAUCAGCCCUGAGCCUCCCCAUUCCUUGUCCAAUUCUCUCCACCCCCUGCAUUACAUCAUCACAGCAACCCUGUGAGGCAGGUUAGACUGAUUGGCCCAAGGAUCACCCAGUAUGCUUUGCAGCUGAGUGGGGAUUUGAACUUGGGCCUCCCUGUCCCUAGUCCAACACACUAACUAUUCCAACUUCUUUGUAGGACCACAGGUUGCCGCACCACUGUUUCCCCCCCAUCUUACAUUUUCACCUUCAUGAGGGAGGGAUGGUAGAGAAAUCAUCAUGGGCAGAAAGAGGAGCUUAGAGGGAGGGAUUGCAGAACUCAAGGAGGCGAAAAAACAGUUGGGGUGCCUUUCAUUUCACACAAAAUUGGCACACGGUGAAAAGUGUGCUAUUAGGAUUGUUUUCAGGGGGCACCUAUUCCUCACUGUCAUGGACCAUUCUAAUAGGGUUCAGGUCAACUGCUCCAUUUCACAGAUGGGUUUCUCUGCCUUUCUUGGGAAAUGCUGUUACAGUAUUUCCUAAGCUGUGCUGUACCUGCAUAACAUAUUUGGCGACUUAGCAACAUUCUGCUUGUACAAUAAGCAGAACCUAUGUUGCAAAUCCCUAUCCACAAACUUUUUUAGACUCUGGAAAAUUAUCAUUAGACAGGACUUAUCCUUGAGGAAGCCAUACUCGUUCUUUUUCAGCAGCACUUGUUCUUCUGCAUGCUUGAUAAUUAUCUAUUUCCACCAGUUUUCCUAGAACAGGGGUGUUAAGAUAACAGGUGUGCUAAUUUCCUGGAUAUCUCCCUCUUCUCAGUGCUGUUUUUCUAGAAAAAUAGGUGCCGCUACUCACCAUGAACUUGUUACAGUAAGUGCCACACUAUUUAACAAAAAAAGAGGUGCCAGUGCUGCAUACCCUUGAGUAACCCCAUGAGAAGCACUGCAUCUUCUUAUUUUAAUGGUGAUACAUUGCUCACUUUUCAGUCCUCUUCUGUGGAAGAUGUUCUUGGGGACAAGGUCAUCUUUGUUAAAAGAUGGGCAAUUUCACAUUUGAGUCCUCUUAAGAACUUUUUAGUGGAUUCAAUCUGAACCAGGUGAUUUGUUUGUUUGUUUUUAAUUUGUCCAUAAGGCCUGGAACAGGGGCCACCUACCUUUUCGGAACAAUGGGCACAUUUCGAAUUGGAGUGCUGGGGGAAGCAGAGACAGGGAAUCUGUGUCUCUCCAGAUGUUGCUGGAUGACAGCUCCCACCAUCUGUGGACCAUUGGCCAUGCUGGCUGGAACUGACAAUACCCACUCCCAACAACAUCAUUGGGGGGGGGGGUGUCAAGGGUUCCCCAGCCAUGCCAUAAAGAAAAACAGGAGUAAGGAAAGGCUGAAGUUCCAGUAGUCAUUGGAAGCUGACUACUGUAGUGGAUCCUGUAGUUUGUGUGGUGUGAAUAAGUACUUUUCUUUUGUGUCCUGAAUUUUUCAGUAUUCAGAUGCUAAGAAUUGUACUUGGAACUUUCUACAUGCAAAGCUUGGGCGCUAACACUGAGCUAUGGUUCUUCCAACAUUGUAGAGCAUUGUAUGGGCUACAACAACCCAUAGCAGUACCAAGUGCUUGGUUUUCCCCAUCCAUCUUGUUUCCUAACAUCACUCUUCUCCGCCCCCCUCCCCAGACUUUUACAGGAAACUUUGUCUACUAUGUGCAAUCUGUUCUCCCAGAAGGCGUAGUAGAAAAGCUACUGAAGGAAAUUGGCUACGUUGCAACUACCACCACAGAGUUUUCACUGGCCAAGAAGCUCAGUGAGGAGGAAACGGAACAAGCUGCCUUUGAAAUAUUCCUUGCACGAAUUCAGUGUGAAGACCUCCUUGAAAUUGCAGAGGAUGUAAGAGACAGCGAUCUGGUGGAUAUCCUACAGAAGAGAAGAGCCCAAAACCAUUGCUCUCCUGAAGAUAACCUAGACAGAAAGCACUGGCCCUGCCAGAGAAAGGAAUACAUGAUUAUUGGAGGAAGGAGUGAGAUGCUUGAUCUUCAGCAGACCCACAGCAAGCAGGCCUCUGAAGAAGCUGGAAAUGGUGGGCAAAGAAAUGAACUUUCUCUCAAAUUGACUGCAGAAGAGACUCCGCCGGCUGCUUCCAAAUUCACAAGUGAGCAAAAUGCAAGCCAAGCCCAGGGAAAUGCUUUGGCAAACUCCUGCAUCAAAAGCUCCGAUAGCGAGGAUUUCUUGAUUAAAUACAGCGACAUUGUCAUUGCGCAAAAGCCGCUCCACUUUGCAGAGCCCCAUCCAAAAGCCUCAGAGGACAAGACUCAGAACACAGGACUCCCUGGGUCAAGACGGGGCCCACCAGCAAAUAAACCAUGGCCACUCACUUUCCUUUCUCCUGGUGCCAGUGGCCCCCAAGCCUUAGCCAUACUUAAUGAUGUUGCUUUGGAAGGCGAAGUCCCUUAUAGCUACAGGAGCCAAGAAUCCUCUCGGGAGACUAUUGAAUCUCAGAUCUGCGAUGCCAUGAGCUGCCUUGCAAUUCAUGGAUCAGAUUCAACAGACCAGCCAAAAGAACUGAAAGGGAACACUCCGCUACACAACAAUAAAUUCCCGGCAUGCAACAAUGCAAGUAAAGAGGGAACCUGUGACUCAUCCUUGGCUAAUCUUAAGGAAGCUGGUGUAGAGAGUCUUGUGUAUCCCGUAGAGGAAACAGCAGGGCCAGAAUCCCUAAGCAGCAAGAGAGGCAUCCAGGAACUGCAACAUUCUAGGAUGAAACUUUCAGACCAACCUGGUGGGGAUAGAGAGGGCUUCACCGUUGACCUCUACUCAUCAGAGCUCUUCCGCGAUAUCGCUGGGUGCAGUUGUCCCACAGGUGAUUCAGGUUAUGAGAGACUUCUGGUUGGCAUUCCGGGAUCAGGGGAAGCUGCAGAGUACCUUAGGCACAUGGGUGAACCACCAGACUCAACUUGUAUCACCCACCCUGAGGUUGGAUAUCAUGGCGGUGCUCCAGCAAACAUUCAGUGCAGAGGGGAAGGAUGUCACUCCUCUUUUGCAGACUCCGAUCAUUGUGUUGUACCAGUGAAUGAAACUAGCCCAGAAGGUUAUGUCAUUAUAAACAAAGAUGAUUAAGAAAUUAGUCCAACAAAGCCUUCUGCAUCCAAACAGCAGGUGGUUUCUUGAGAACGGAGGGUGUAAGUGGUGGAAUGCCUCGUGCCAAGCAGCUUCCUUCUAUGACAUUCCACAACCAUCAUUUGCCUUUAGUGGAGUUUAGAGGAAAGCAGAGGAGGGCAGAAGGAAUCUAUUGAGGUACAAUAAUAAAACAGCCAAAUCCUAUGCCUAUUUAUUAAGUACUUGACUUAAUUAAGAUCUGUGUACACUUACAUAGGACUGUACUGUCCUAUAGCAGGAAAAAAGAACACUCACCUAAACCUUACUGAGAUAUAUACCCCAUUUCAAUGCCAUUAUGCUCCCUUUCUCCUAGUUAGUCCCAAUAACAUUACUCAAGACCAUUCUGUGCUUGUGUGCCCAACAAAGACCCCUACAAAAAUCAAUAGGUACCUGCUAAGUCAUAAACUCCUAGCCCUCUCCUCCUCACUUAUUGCACAAACAGCUGGAUUUAAAUUUCAAGCAGAACACAGACUGUGUAAGUGAAAUGGGUAGACUUACUAAAAAAAAAGGUGGCUUGUCAGUGUUUGCAAACUGGUGGGCCUCUGUAGAAGAAUAAAGUAUUUCUCUGCUAAACUAUUUCUGCAUCAAUAGGGGUGGGGAGUUGUUGGGUUUUUUUGGAAUAAAAGUGUGAAAAUGAUUUUCUCCCUGUAAUCUUCACAAAAGUAAAUGCAACACACACAACCCAAAAACAUUAACACAGAAGGCAAUGGGAACCUAUAGGUUUGUGGAGCCAGGCGAUCAGAAGCAGUCCCAGCAAUCCUAUCUGUAUUUUCCAAGUGGCGAAAGGGAUGCAUCCCAGAAAGUUGCAGAGAACAGAAAAAUGGGCGAAAGCUCAUACAGGUUUUAGGGACUAGAGCAGGGGUGUCUAACUCAAAUUCAUCGGGGGCCGCAUCAGCAGUUUGGUCACCCUCAAAGGGCCAGUUGUAUCUGUAGGACUUACAGUACAGGAGAGAAGGGUUCAGGCAGCCGUUGGAUCUGUCACAUCACAGGAUGGCAUGCGCGCAAUAUAAAAACAAGUGGAGGUUUCCUGAAUGCAUGUAAAGUGGAGGUUUCCUGUGUAGAACGGCCGGCGCCGCUAGAGAGCAGACGUUCUCUGGCGUGUAGGCUGCCACGCAUGCGCUGAAGAGGCGGCUUUCUUGUGUCAAAAAAAAAAAAGCGAGAAUAAAAGGUGAAGGCUGGCGGCCGCCGGCGGCUACACGGGCCACAUGACGAGGUCUGGCGGGCCGCAUUCGGCCCGCAGGCCUUGUGUGACACCCGUGGACUAGAGGCUGCAUUAACCCCUGGCAUGUUUGUGCAGUUGAUGGGGUCCCAGGCCUUGGCUGGGCUUAUUGCAGACUCCUGCCCUUUAAUUUUUUGGCACACUGCUCCAAGCAGCUGAAUUUAGUUGCUGUACUCCUUUCAUUUCCCACAAUGACCCUGAUAUAGUGCUACACUGGAAUGUUGUGGGAAAUUAAAGUGGCAGCUCGCAACCAACACGUUGUCAAGGUAAACUCUUGACAGCCAGUCAUGGCUACAUAAGCAGUUGCACUCCCAUCUAGGAACAUAGGAAGCUGCCUUAGACAGUGUCUGACUGUUGGGUCUACUAGCUCAGUAUUGCCUACACAGACAGGCAACAGCUCUCCAGGGCUUUGUGAAGGGCUUUGUGAAGGCCUGCCUGGAAAUGCUGGGGAUUGAACCUGGGAUCUUUGGAACACAAAGCCCAUGCUCUACCACUGAGCUAUAGUCCUUCUCACGAGGGGUCAGUCUCCAUAAUAAAGAUGCUACUGUCUAGCAGGAAGGGCUUAGCAUUGCAGAAUGAAUGUGACUGGCAUAGCACUGCAUUCUAAUAUGUAUGGAAGACCACUGUAAAACACACACACACACACACACACACAAAAAGCAAGCAAGCAAAUUGCAUACGAAGUCCCAACGUUGGAAUUAAAGGGAAUGCAGAUAAGGGGCUAGAUUGGGGAUUUCAUCAGUGACAAUUCAUUGCUAAGUCACUAGGUAAUGAACAUGCACAUGUGAACUGGAUCUUAGGUUCGAAUCCCAGAUGACGCUUCAAUCCAAGUAACAUAUGAAAGUUGACUGGUGACCAGUGUCUUCUUUUGGUUACAAUUAUACAUGUUUGGAAAAUGUUGCAUCUUUUAUGGUUUUUAAAUCUGGAACAUGACCGCAAUGUUUCUAGGUUAAUGUGACAUAAAUCAGGUCAUUUGGCAAUACCAUUAAACUAGCUAAUUAUAAAUUCCUCUGACGGGCAUUUGGAUUUUUAUUCAGUCUUAUCCCAGCUCAGAAGUGUAAAAGUAUAUUUGAAUCAAAUCCCAAGAACACGUCCUCUAGGGGUUUGCUGUGGGUUUUUUCCACCAGUAUUUCAAAACUAGCCCAUUCAUCUAAGAGAGAGUUAAGAUCCGUUAUACCUCAGAAAUCAGUGUUCCAAAGAGAAUAAAUUAAGCAAACUGCUUUAAAACUGCUCUGUUUAAUAUAAAUAAGUAUUCAAGAGAUGUCUUUAAACAGCACUAGAAAUUUAAUGAAGUAGUAGAAGGAAUGUUAAAAUGUUUUUGAGACACUGCAUUUUCGAAACCCUACAGUUACUUUCCAUAAACACUCUUGAAAAGGUUUACACAGAUUAUGUAGCCAUCUGGACAAAAAACAUUUAAAAAAAACAAAACCAAGCAACUUAUACUCUUGUUCCAAUGCUAUGGGAGUGUGUGUCCCGAGUGGGAUAUAUUCUGUACUGGAAGUAUUUAAAGUUGCACCCGCACUCACACUUAUUUCAACUAGGCUUAGGAUGCCAAUGAAGGACAGAAUCUGUACAGUGGUACCUCUGGUUAUGAGCUUAAUUCAUUCCGGAGGUCCGUUCUUAACCUGAAACCGUUCUUAACCUGAGGUACCUCUUUAGCUAAUGGGGCCUCCUGCGGCCGCCACGCUGCCAGCGCACAAUUUCUCUUGUCAUCCUGAGGUAAAGUUCUUAAUCCGAGGUACUACUUCCAGGUUAGCGGAGUCUGUAACCCAAAGUGUUUGUAACCCGAGGUACCACUAUAGGAGAUCUGCACACAGUAUGCAGUUUAGGCCCAGGCUAUCUGAAGGGCUGCAUUCUCUCUCAUGAGAUCUCUGAGGGGAGGCCCUACUCUCACAGUCCCACCACCCGAACUGGCACAUUUGGCGAGGAUGCGUAAGAGGGCCUUCUCGGUGACUGCUCCCAUAUUUUGGAACUCCUUUCCUAGAGAGUAGAGAUAGGCUCCCUCCUUGUUGUCCUUCCACCAGCAGGUGAAGAGCUUUAUUCCGGUAGGCUUUGAGGAACUGGCUAUUUUUUGAAGAAAAGGGCUUUUAAUAGUGCAGUGCUGUUUUUUUUACUAGAUGUAUUUUCAUAUUAUUUUAAUUCUACUUUUCAACUAUUUUAUAUGUUUUUUAACAUUCUGUUUUAUCCAUGUUUGUUUCGAUUGACCUGCCCUGAGUCCCAGUUUGGGGGGGGGGGGAGGCAGGAUAUAAAUAAAACAGUAACUGCAUUUAUUGUCAUCAUGUUAAAACACACAUUGUGACUAAUCUUUACAAAAGAGCUUAAAGCAGUACACCUGUGGAGCCCGGCUCACAAUGGUGCCCUAGAUACGUGUCUAGAUAAGUUUAAAAUCUUCAGGGCUGGAUCUAGACCAAAGCAGCCAUCCUAUACACACUUGUCCAGCAGUAAUAGGAAUGACAUCUAAAUCGAUCUGUCUAGGAUGAUGCUGCAGAUGAGUUGCACUUAAAUCCCAUUGAAAUCAAUGGGACUUAAGUGAGUCAUGACUAGCUUUGCACACUGAUAUCAACAGAACCUUAAGUGUGGAUCCAGCCCGGUGUACUCAGACAUAUUUAUAUGUAACAUCCUUCAAGAACUCAAUGCUCACAAUUCAGCAGGGUUCUGCAAACUAGAUUGGCAAUGUCGACAAAACUCCACCGGAAGCGCAGGUGCCAUUUGCCGGCCAUUGCGUCAUCUCAGUCAAGGCGCAGUUGACAAGUUCUUGCCCUUCCCUCCUCCUUUCCUCUCUGACAACCAAGUGCUAGCUAGAAAAAAGCACCAAAGCAUGAUGGCAACUGCCUCUCUCAACCCUUUAAAAGGCAAGGGGAGAAAAAACCCAGCAGUGACCCCACAGCUUCCUACUCCUUGAAAUAUCAUCAAAUGGGGAGUACAUUGUACAUAUAUAUCCAAGUGGAGACGUGAUAGGUUUUGCAAGGUUCUUACAGUUGGAGCUAAUCUAGACAUCGCAACAGUCCAUAGUGGAACUGGAAAGAAGUGUGAAAGUCCACCCAGUUCUUGAUUUUUCUUCCCAACUCACAAAAAAAAAUCCUUUAAGAAAGAAUAAGAUUUGAAUAUACAUGCACAUUUCAGAGAGGCCUUCUUAGAAAGCAGUCUUUGACAUAGCUUUAUAAUAGCAGCAACAUUUUGGAAUAAUAGAAGUUGUCAGUGUAUAACUACUGGUGAAGAUGGAAAUUUAUAACAAAAACUGUUUUUCCCUAAGUUCUUGUUCAACAUAAAAGGUACUUUACAAAUUACAAGGAGUGUACAAUAUUGCAUCCUACAAAAAAAAAAGCUCAUAAUUAUUAUUCAGAGAAAGGAUGUAAUGAGGUGUGCAUAUAACAUUUUUUCCUCAGGUCUCCUCCUUAGAACUGGUUUCUACAAGCAAGAACUGUACAUUAAGGGAAACCUGUUUCUAUACACAAUGCUGCCUGGUGCAAAGGGUUAAUAUUCGGUCCUGAUUCUCUUCGUAUUUUUCCAUCAUAUCCUGUAGGUCGUGGUCAGCCUGAAGCACCUUCGAAAAGAAACCAAACAUUUGAAGUGUGUCAUUCAGAAGCUGUGGGUGAUGUCAUUAAACAUUGUAUUGAUGCUAACAUUUAGGGUGGCUUUAAAGACUUAAGGAAGUGCAGACAUCACUGCUCACUGCAGACAUCAAAUGAAAUUUUCUCCAGCUUCCUGGAGAGUCAGUCAAAAGCUUGAAAAGCCCUGGAAGGUCAGCUGGGCUGGGCUGGGCAAGGUGUGUGUGCUGGCAUUAAACCCCCAAAAAGGAAGGGGUUGGCUUAAAAACUCAACAUUAAUAUAUACUUACAAGAACCGGCGAAGGAACUUUGAACAUUGUUUGUUUAAUGAGCCACUCUUCAUAGAGCUGGUGAAUAGCUGCUAAAUAUUCCUGUCCGAAAAAGGAGAAAAUAUUUUGUUUUCUUUACAAUAUAUGAGGAACCUCAGGUCGGGGAACCAAAUGCGGCCCUCCGGGCCUUUUUAUCCAGCCCUUUAUUUGGCCAAGGCCAUCCUCCUCACUAGCCCUGUUCUGUGCCCUCCCUUCUAGGCUGGAAUGUCCCUGGAGGUACGAUAAUCCUCUUGGAUGGAGGCCGACGAGUGGUGUUUGUCUGGCCACACCCAACAUCCGUAUGCAGCCUCUGGAAGGUGUCCCAUGAAAGGGAAAAAAUUCCCCCACUCAUGCAGUAGACACAAAACUCUAGGACACAGGUGGGGAAUCUUUUUCAGCCUGUUUAGACUCCUAGGAGCUGCAUGCCAGCAAUGGGUGUUCCUCUCUUCAUCCAUUCCCCAUCAAAGCAAGUGGGGGAACCCCCCUCCCCCUCCCCUGCACACUCAAAGCUGGCCACUGUACUCCAUGCUCUGGUAACAUCGAGACUAGUUUGUUGCAAAGCAUUCUAUGUGGGGAUCCCCUUCAAGACGACUCGGAAAUGUCAACUGGUCCAAAAUGCAGCAGCCAGAUAACAGGCCGGGGUUCCUUUUAGUUUACAUAUAAGCUCAGCUUUAAAACAGCUGCACUGUUUCCAGGCCCAAUUCAAGGUGCUCGCAUUGGUGUUCAAAGCCCUCAACGACUCAGGCCUCAAAUAUCUGAAAGACCACCUCCUUCACCACAGACACUCUUGGGUGCUAGUCAGCAGAGGCAGCCAUCUUGAUUGUUCCUCCACACUCAGCAGCUUGUGUGGGAGGAGACAAUAAAGGACAUUCUCUAGAGCAGCCCCUAAGUUGUGGAAUUCCCUUUCUACAGAGGCACAUUACAUCCAUCCCCACAGAUCUCUCCCAUGCAGCAAUCUGGCUUGAGGAAAGCCUCUCAUUUUAUCCAAGCCUAACUCCUAAGUUGAGGGAGGGGGCGUUAUGGAAUCUUGUCAAGAUCACAGGAGCAAUAGACUUGGAAAAAACUUCCAGACUGAUACCUCCGGCACAGAGAACGCACACCUUGCACUAAGGCUUCAUUUUCUUUCCAUUCUUCUUCCACCCUGCCAAGUUCUGGUGUGGUUAGCCUUUAAAGGCCCUUUGGGUGAGUUCAUUCCAAAAUGCUGGAAGACUCCCUCCUUACCAUAGGAAUAACCUUUUCCUCUUCCCUGCAUCUUCUCUUCAGUCUCUCAUAACAUGUCUCAGGAGAGGUCUGUAGAUAAACUAUCAUUUAAAAGAAAAAGAAAGGGGUUUUGAAUUGUCCGUCCUGCUCUUGAAGGCUCGGAGAUGAGUUACGUUUCUGGCUUAGAGUUCAGGAAAAAACCUACACCCAGCCUAUCGGGUAUCUCAUUUACAAAUCUAGUACAGGUAUCUCACAGUUUACACACGUUUAACUUGUGCACAUUCAGCUUUACGCAUUUGGCAAUUUAUUUAUUUUUUUACAAAUGGGGCAGGCAUCCAAGAAAAAAAAGACUUUGGCAAUCGCAUCUGACUUUGAACCCAAUGUAUUUUGACUAAACGGGAUUUUGGCUCUCUGCACUAUCCCCUGGAACAUAAUCCCCGCACAAGCUGAGAGUCACUUGUAUUAUUAUUUAUUAACUUAAUAUCACUUAAUGUCUAAAUAGGCUUUUCAGUGUUUUACAAAUCUAGAGAACGUCAAGAAUACAGUUUACAAGUAGCAUUAAACUAUAUUUUUAUCAAACACAAACAGAAUAAGAUCAAUACGUAAAAUGUCAGAAUGCUUCUCACAGGGCAGCGGAGGAGGGAAGGGAGAGUUCACCUGGAUCAGGCCCUAAUGUCUUCUCCCCCCACCCCUCCCGCUUCACAGUGAUCCUGGUGGGAUGAGAGGAAAGUUCAGGUACAGGAGGCUUAGAGGUGGCCUUUACCUCUGCCCUUCUCUCUCCAAGAAUCCUUCCCACAGGAUAGUUGAUGGCAGAAGGUAAGCCUAAAAUGCUACCACAUCUGGCCAGCUCAACUAGUAACCUGGAGGCAAAGAAAGCGAUGGGGGGCGGCGGCUUCCAAAGCAUAAGCACUUUACCUAUCAGAUCAACUGAAACAUCCAUGUUCUUUAUGAUCCACUCAAACCAUUCUGUCAAUACCACGUAAUCCACCUCCGGCAUUCUCCCACUGUAAAGAAGAGACACAUAAUAUGGUUAUAUCUCGGGAAAUGUACAGAGCUGUGCAACUUAAAUAAAAAAUAUUUUUAAAGAGAGCUUUCACUGUUAUACAACAGAUGGUGCCAUCCUGAGGCAACACACACACGCACACACACACAAUUUGCAUCUGUCUCCUUGGAAACCCUCACUGUAAACCAGCAAUGACUUCUAACCAAAUCACAAACGAGCCAAAAUAUUUCUAUACAAGCUGACUGGUGUAUCAAACACAUUCACUGGAUUGAUUUCAAACAGGUCUGAAAACAAUAUUAUCUGCAACUAUACACAAUUUGUGUUUCAAAAUCCACAAAUGGAGGUGGUGUGGAGUAAUUUUAGGGUUUUUAUCCUCUUCAUCUUUAAGUCAUCCUCUAUCCCUUUCAAAAGCCUUAAAUAUUCUUUGGCUGAAAUGCUGAUUUUCACUGUUUAUUUCAUAAAACUUAUUUAUCACUCAAUAGUUUUUUUAAAAAAAAACACCAGACAAACAAAGAGGUUUACGAAAAGAGUAAAACAAUAAAAUUAUCAGUAAAAACAGCUAUUCCAAACAUUAAUGAUUAAAAUGAGUGAUAAGCUAAACACAGAUUAAAACACAUUAAUAUUCUACAUAUCUAGGUAGCCUUGUCUAAACAAAAAUGUUUUUAGCUGGUGCCAAAUCUGACAUCAAUAGGCAGGGAGUUCCAAAGGGAGGGUUCUGCCACAUGAAAAGGUCAAGUUCUUACAAAUGCAGAACAAGCAUUCUGUGGCACCUGCAACACAGCCAGUUCCAUAGAUCAAAGCAAUCCCAGUUGACAUAUAUGGGGUAAAGCAAUCUCUCAGGUAAGUUGGUCCCAAGGUGUUAGGGCUUGACCUUGCCCUGCUAGCAGUCUAGCAGGCUAGCCCUAACUAGCCACCAGUGCAGGUCUCUGAGCACAGGCACUGACAGGGUCUCACUCCUGUCAGCUAUUGUACUGCAGCAUUCUGCAUCACCUGCAGCUUCUGAAUCAAGCAUAAAG